AGAAGAGGAGGAUUUGCGCGAAACGGCGACUCCCGAUUUCGAGGUUUCAACUCCUAGACACGCCCGGGGGGAUCAAUUUUGCCCCCUUCAACUUCUUGUUUAAACACCGUCCGAACCAAAAGGGUACGGCUGCUAUUAAAGUACCUUCUAGGGGAGAUGACUCGCAAUAAUAACGAUUUCUCUCGAGCGUGUUGAUACGAAAAAUACACAGAUGUGUAAUCAGAGAUGUAUGAUUAUUAAACUCACCCUCUCGUAGUUGAAGGGGAACCGUACGAUCGUAAUGAUCACAGUCCGCGAGCGGAGGCCGUGUGUGCGAUUUAAAAAUCCAUAAAUACGUAAUGGCGCUCACAGCGUCCGUCCCGAAAGAUUCACGGAGUCGACAUCUGACGGCGGCAGACGGUCCGAGCGCGGAAUGUGUACGCGGCUGACUUCGCGCUGGCCGCUGACAGUCUCGAUCUAACUUAAUCUGACCUAACUUGGAGUGAUCUAACCUCGAAGGAAAGUCUGUGUACCCGCAGGUGCGUUUACUCCGAGUGGAAUUUCGAUCUUUUGAUAGCUAAGAACUCGAAUAAGUGAUAUCGUAUUCACUCUGGGACUGAGGUCUAUCUUACGGAAGGGAAAGACUGAAACAUGAGCGGGGAGAGAGUGACAGAUCGCGAUCGCUGCAUGCAUUUCGUCACACGGAAGAAACGCUACUGCCGGAUGACGGUGCGAGCGGGGAAGCGAUACUGCGGCGAACAUCAGCGGGACGUCAACGACCCUGACGUUGACCAGAGGAUGAAGUGUCCGUUGGAUCCUACGCACACGUGCUACCAGUCGAAGCUGGCGAAGCACUUGACCGUGUGCAACGCCAAGCGCAGAAUGGACGCACGGCCCGCGUUCAUCGUCGAGGGAGUAAAUCUGGACGAGGAGGGCAUGGUGGCGCCAGCGCACGUGCCGUUGUCGCGACUCGACGAGUCGGUCGUGGCGGCGGUGAUAAAAAAGAUCCAUUCCGCCUAUGAAAAGCUGCCAGAGUUCUCUCAAGCAAUCCUACAACAUGACGUGCUGAAGGACAGAUUGAGUGACAAAACCUACGGCAAUCGCGUCAGAAAGCACUUGCUCCAAAAUUCAUCUCUGCUCGGACAUUUGGAACAGGCCGGUCUCGUGCAGGACGACACCUGCUUUAUCGAAUUCGGCGCGGGAAAAGCUCAAUUAACAUACUGGUUGGGCCAGAUCAUAAAGAGCAAAUCGAACUCUUGCGUCUUACUAGUCGAUCGUUCUAGUCACCGGCACAAGAACGACAAUAAGCUCAAAAGGGAGGAGAGUAACCUCGCGAUAAAGAGGGUGCGCGCCGACAUCGCUGAUUUGCAGUUGAACCAGAUCACGGAGAUCCAAUCCGUCAAACACAAAGUUGGAAUUGCAAAACAUCUGUGUGGCACAGCCACAGAUUUGGCAAUACGCUGUCUGGUGAAAUCGAUGACCAAUGAGCCCUACGUCGAUGUUUGCGGCUUAGUCAUCGCGUUUUGCUGUCAUCAUAGAUGUGAAUACUCGUCUUACGUGGGUCGAGAAUACCUACUACAAUGCGGUUUCACCGUAAACGAGUUCCCGAUUCUGUGCAGUAUAGUCAGUUGGGCGACUUGCGGUCCACGCACAAAGAGCGACGCUAAAUUGCAACCUAACAAAACGACCAAUAGCCAACAACCUUGUGAAGAAGAUAACAUCAUACAGUCUUCAAAAUUGAGUGAACACGAACUUAUCGGACGUAAAGCGAAGACGCUUUUAAACUGGGGUCGCUUGGUCUACCUACGAAGUAUUGGAUUUGAAGUUCAGUUAUUUUAUUAUACGUCUACUGAUGUCUCGUUGGAAAAUAUGUGCAUUGUGGCUACACGAAAACAUUCGAUAUAAGUGAUAUGACAUGCGAUUUAUUUCCAUUUUUGUUCCUCGACGUAUAAAUCUUUUUUGUACAUGUACGUGUCUAUAAGAAAAAUAUUAAGAUGUCUUGUAGACAUAUUUUUAAAAAAGAUAUUACAGACACUCAACAUUCUUUUAGACACUUCACUGGCCAAUAUGUGAAAAAAAAAACAAUAAACAAUUAUGUUACGUAA